UCAACGUCGCCCAAGAAUACCCAUUAAUGGCAGCGUUGGAAUAUAGCGCCCACUCUCAACUUUACCUUUGCGUAUGAAUAAUCUCUUCCAUUUUUCCAAAACGGCCUAGACAGAGAGAGAAAGAGAGAGUAAAUCGAUACCCAUCAAAGUGAAGCUCGAUUACAAGGUAGUGUGAGAUUUCAGCUGAGGGAUGGCUGAAAGGAGAAAAGUUCGUCCAGAUUGUAUCUAUGUUUCUAAUCCCUUUCAUGAAUGCACUGAAUAUUGCAUACAAAAAACAGCUGAAAGCAAGGCAGGAAAGGAUAAAAGGUCUAAAGGAUCUUUUAGGCUUGAUAUUUCCAAGUCUUUUGGAAAGAAGAAGGGGUCCCGACCAAAGCCUCCAAAAGACGUUGAUGGGGGACGGUACUCAAGCACGGUUCCUACCGAAGCUCGUUCAUACCACACACGUGUCUCUCCUAAGAAAAACGUAGAAUCAAGAAAUGGUGAUCAUAUAUCCCCGACCAAAAAAUUUUAUUCAGAGGAAAUCCAUCCCGAUGAUCCUAGUCUUGCUGUCGAGAAACACGACACGCCUCGAAUGCCAUCAUCUGAAAGUAUCAUAAUGCCUGACUACACAGAGAAUGCUCCAAACCAGAGUCCCAUUCGGAAUUCCGCUUCGGAGACGAAUAAUAAGAACGGGGUCAAGAACCAUGAAGCAUUUUUUAAGGAUCUUACACCCAACGGUAAUAACGGUAAAGAAAGUUUUCAGAAGCGUUCUAGUGAAUCGAACUUCAGCUUGUCUGGUUUAGAACAAACUCUAGUAGACAGCGACGAGGGCGAGAUCGAGUCUGUAAAUUCUGAGCUGUCUGUUCCAGUGGGAAAGUACAGUGUAAAAUCCAGCUUCUCCUCCAUCCUGACAUCAAUCUUCGAAAAAUACGGAGAUAUCGCAGCUACCUGUAAACUGGAAUCCGUUUCCAUGCGCUCGUACUAUCUCGAAUGCGUGUGCUAUGUGAUUCAGGAAUUACAAUCCACUGAGUUUCAUCAACUGACCAAAUCCAAAAUUAAAGAACUGUCAGCAAUUUUCAAAGACGUCGAGUCCUCGGAAAUUAACGUAGCGUGGUUGAAGAGUCGCCUUAACGAAAUUGCAGAAGCUGUAGAGCUGAGAAGUCAUCACCGGGCCAUUGAAGCCGCAGAGGCAGACUGCAAGCAGAAUUUGGAAACAACAAAGAAAGAACUCGAGUCCCUAAUGGCUGAUCUGGCAUUGAAAGAAAAGGAGGUCUCUGAGUCGAAGACACGAGUAGCAGAAACACAAGCUCGGUUAAGCGAAUUAGAGCUCAAAUCGUCUCAGCUGGAAGAAAUGAUCACAUCCAUUGACUCCAAGGUACAAAAAUUUAGAUCCAAAUCAUUCUCUGGUGAUCUGUUAUGAUGAGGGAAGGAUUAGUAGUAGAUUAUAUCAUCACUUAUAGAUCAUAUCAGAAUCAGCCUGCCAUUUAGUUCUAUAGAUGUUGUUUAAAGCUGUAUCAUCUAAGUGUAUUGCAUACUAAAGCAUCAUAUCAUGUAGCUUGAGAAUUCUCCAACUUCCAUGUUAUAGAAAGCAUAAGCUUCUGGGUUUUGUUUGUUUA